AUGGGUGUCUCCGGUCGCAUAGUCUUGAUCCUCAAGGCGUUGGCGCUGAUCUACCGUGGUUCCGGACGCACGAAAUAUGCUCAGGAAGUUCUAUUCCUAAUCCAUAACAUGACUCACAUAUGGCCAGAAGAACUGCGCAAAAUUGUCCUGAACAAUUGGCUUGUCAAUCCGACCGGCAAGCCGAAUGCCUGGGUCGAAGUCGACCUCAUGCAGGAGCAUGAGAACUUCUGGAUCAAAGUAGGCACAAUCUACCGAGCACACGGGAGCAACGGGUCAUGGGAAUGGCUCGCCAUGAUAUCGCCGUGCAUCGACAUCCUGCGCCGCCUGUCCACGCAGAUGAACGCGUCCCUAGGCGCGAAGCUGGGAUCAAAGCAUACGAGUCCCAGUAUACAGAAGGACAUCACCGUGCUAAUGAGCUCCCUGCAUCACCACCGAGUUUACGAACUCCAUCCUGGCCGCGCGAUUGAUGAUGACAAGCCCAUUGUGCCCGACGCGCUGACGUACGGGCUCGAACUCCUUGAAGGGCCGCUCGAGGACUUCAACCACACGUUCACCAAGCUGCAAGCACGCUGUCGAUCAACGCCUCUUGUAGGCGCGAGGUACCCAGGCAUCCGCACGACCGUCGAGUCCACCACGACGGUUGUUCCGGCCGCGAGCUCCAGUGAGCCGCAAACAGUUGCGGUCAAUACAGCGCCAACCAGCGAGGGCCACGCAGAGGGCGCGUCAGAGCAGCUGGCGGACAGGCAAAGCGGCGCGGUGAUAGAACGAAGCGAAGAUCGCGAAGGAGACGGUUCCGACGAGGACUCAGAUGACGAUGAAGAGGAUGACCUUCAGCCGCAAACCAUGUUCUCACUCGAUACGCCGGGCGACGUGGCGCUUGAUCCCGAUCGUGUGGACAACUUUGAGUUUGGACUAUGA